AUAGGGGUUUGUUUUUCGAGCACCAGCGGCACAUUGAAGAGGGCUGUGUUAUUUUGCUGAGUGAGUGUGCACGCCUUGGCUUCUGCUCGCUGCUGCCUGAGUACAUAUAAGUGGGGAUAGACGUGCUGAUUCAUCAGGGACCGUGUCAUUAGACACGCAACACGAACAGAGUCAGUGUUGUCAGUGUUUUAACAAAGGGACGUGCUGCUGCUUCUUCUACAAGAUGGUUAUCAGGGAAUCCCAAGCCGUGUUGAGAGAGUACGGUUUGAACUUACUGGAAAUGGUUAAUGAACCCGCUGUACCACCUAAGGAGCCUGCCGGAAACAGGAAACUGGAGGCUGUUAUCUUUUGCUUUCAAUGUCCUACACUGAGAAAUUAACUGCGACUUCUUUUUUACAACCUGCGUUGUCUGAACAGGGUCUCGUGGUAUGACGACUGCCAACAAGGGAAACAAGGCCUUAAAGGUGAAAAGGGAGCCCGGGGAGAAUGGCACGAGUCUGACGGAUGAGGAGCUGGUGACGAUGUCGGUGCGGGAGCUGAACCAGCACCUGCGCGGCCUGACCAAAGAGGAGAUCCUGCAGCUGAAGCAGCGGCGGCGCACGCUGAAGAACCGCGGCUAUGCGGCCAGCUGCCGGGUCAAGCGGGUCACGCAGAAGGAGGAGCUGGAGAAGCAGAAGGCGGAGCUACAGCAGGAAGUAGAGAAGCUGGCCUCGGAGAACGCCAGCAUGAAGGAGGAGCUCAACGCCCUGCGCUCCAAGUACGAAGCCUUGCAGAACUUUGCCAGGACAGUCGCCCGCAGCCCCGUGGCCCCCUCCCGGGGACCCAUUGCCUCCGUCAUCGGGCCCCUCACCCCCGGCAAAGUGGCCACCACCAGCGUCAUCACAAUAGUAAAGUCAAAAACAGGCGCCAGGUCUUAGUAUCUGGCAGGGCUUGAGGGCAGUGGUUGGGAGAACAAGGCUGGUCAGUGCAUCAUAACUGAGCACAUUUUUUUUUUCUUUUCUUUUACACCAACCAUACAAACCACCUUGUGGCAGUGGUUGCGUUCGGUGGGCUGGUUAGAGCUGGGGAUUGGCAACUGCCUGGAUUAUUCAAGCCCAGCUCAGCCCCUGCCGUACUGUGCCACCCUGAGGCAGGUCCCUUCUCCUCCAGGCUUCCCGGUGUCUAAGCAGGACCGUGCUGGGUAACAUCAUGUGGCAUCUUGGCUGGGUUUAACAGACUGGAAAUUAAAAUCUGAUCCAGCAAACCAUGCUGAAACCGGCAAUGGAUUAGUAGAACUGAAAACAAAACAAAACAUACAACUGUAUUGAAGUUGUUUAGGGUUAACACGGGUCCAAAAAGAUUUUAAUACUUUGUUCAUUUUAGGAACGUAGGAAUUUGUUAGCCCAGUGGUCUAUUUAUGGAAUUAUUAUUAUUAUUUAAAAAAAUCUUCAUGUUUUUUCUAUUUUUGCAUGUCGGAACAAAACUCCAUUUUGCAUACAGUAACUAUGUCUGAAACAUGGAGAGAACUGAAAGUAAUGUUGAUGCUUUUGUAAGCUCAGCUGACCAUAGCUAUGCAAUUGGCUCAAAGUUUAAAUCAAUUCAACCUAGUCUGUUUGAGGAGGACUGAAGGUGAACCAAAACUUUUUUCCACUUUUUUUUUGUUUUUUUUAAUAUGUAACUGUGCCUAAUAUUUUGCACUGACCAAACAAAUUGCAAAAAAAAAAAAAAAAAAAAAAAAAGCUGUGUGUUCACAUAUUUCAGAGCUGUACAGUAUCAGAACAGUGGUAGAGAUAUUAGUUGAUAUGACCAAUUUAUGUGAUUGGAUAGUCCUUUCUUAAAAAAAAUAAAAUAACAAAAAAAACCCUAAAACAUUGUGCAUUUUGUUCCCAUGUUGGGGUUGAUGGUUUACAAGCUGUUAUGUAAGAAACAUUGCAAAAACAAUGGUGGCUUUAGGUAUUUCUGUUAUCCCAAAUAUUAUGACACCCUGUUGAUCAAUCUAUAUAGGUUGAUGACAACCUACUUGGAUUCUUGGACAACAAUUUUCCCUUGCCCACUAUAGUGGGUAUAUCCUGGGUCUGUUUUAUAUAUGCAACAUAUAUAAUAUGUUGGUACUGUCUUAAUCUUUACAAUGAAAAUAAAUAAUUUUGAUGUAAAGCUGUUGUUCACUAAUAGCUUCACAGUUACUUCAAGACAGACCCAGUUUCUAAAAGAUGACAACUUUUAAAAAAAAAAUUUAUUAAAGGGGGGGGACUAGCUAACCACAUAAAUAGACAAAUUGUACUCACACAAACUUUAUUAUGAAAAGUCGUUGUAUAUGUAUUCAAAGGAUCUUUGUCCGCGUUCAAGUUUGAGUUUUAUAAAUACAUAGAGCAUUUCUUGCAUUAUUUAUAAAAUGUAAAAAAGAAAAAAAAAGACAAAAAAUAAAUUGUUUGAUAUCCUUUUUUUUGCAAUUGUACCGAAAGUGGCUUAUUAUUGAAGUUGAUAGCUUUUCCUAGUGGCUAGGCACGUACCGUGACGCAGAGUGGUGUGAUUUUUAAGUGACAAGGUGACAGUAUUGUUCACUAUAUGGAUGUGAUGCUGUACUUUUUAUUUUUUUUUAAGUGAUUACUUGUGAUGUAAACGGCACGUCUACGCUUUCAGACCACCACCUCUUUGUGUCAUGAAUGCUUCUAGUACUUUUUGGUUAGCUGGCAACACCCUAUAAUUAGUUGAUAAGUAGAAAUGAUCGGUUAGCCGUUACAGCGCAUCAACCGGUGUUUGUGUAGAAGAAUUCCUUCCGUGAAACGAUUCCAUGGAAGAACCUAUAUGCGUGUGUACUGUUGCAGCUUCCUCCUCGUGCAAAGACAGGUCAGUUUCUCCAUUUUAUUGUUUGUUUGGUGUUGAAAGAUCGUUUCUCCUCACCACAUGUUCAUGCUUUAAUGAACCCAGAGGGUUCUGCGCGCGCCUGUGGUGUGUUGUGUGCGUUGACAUAGAAACAAGGGGAGGCUUCGCCUGAUCUUUAAGUAAGAGACACACUGUGGAAAUGCACACAUUUUCCCCAAAUAAUGUAGUUUCCUAGGCUUUCGGGAAGUCCGCUCUUUAGAAUUUAGCUAUUCCUAUUGAUCCCGAGAGCUGCUGAACAUAAACGUGGAGGUCUGAAGGUGAAAAUAAUGUGCUGCUGCCUAUUGUUUUAAGUUACUUUUGUGAUGUGUGAUUGUGUUUUCUGUUUUUGUUUGGGUUUUUCUUUCUUGUAUAUUUUUCUGCUAUGUUUUUUUUUUUUUUUUUUUUAAUGCCAGGGGUGUGCUAUACUCUUGUACUGGGUAUUACAUGGUUAGGACAGAAACAUGCUUCUCACAGAUCCUAAGCUACUGCCGUCUUGUAAAGGACCAGAAACUAAAGACCGCAAAGCCUCUUUUACACAUUCAACCAGCCCUAGCUGCUGCUGAUUAUACAGGGAAUUCUGUCGCUAAUUGAUAAAAAAAAAUAUUGCACUUAUUCACUAUAAACAGUUAUCGUACAGGUAUUAAAUUCAUUCACAGAAAUAACGUUUAGCCAUAAUAAUGUUACAGUACUGUAGUUGUGAAUAGUUGCCCUUGAUCAAUACAUUGCAUAUGACUGAAGCCUUAAAUAUGUGGUUUAUUUAGAUAACACUUAGCAAAACUAUUGUAAGCUUUUAUAAAGUUAUAAUCAGUUACAGCACUUGCAAGCAUCAAGAAGAGUACUUUUGCUACAGAGCUAGAAAUUAAUUCCAUGGGUAACGCUUUAGUUGAAUGGGCACUUUCUGUGCUAAACUGUUAACUAGCUUAAAAAUAUGCUGUGACAACAUGAGAGAAAUGGGUUUAAAGCUUUUUAAGGGUUUUUUUUUAAAGACGACAGUACUUUUUAUUAGUUUUUAAAAAAAGUUUGUUAUGCUAAUAGAUAAGAGUUAAUCAGCAAAGUGCCCAUUAAAAAUAAAGGGUAACAUGAAAAAAUAUGAACUUGAAUGAACAGUGGAAUGAGAACCUCAAACUUUAAUUAACAUACUGUACUUCUGCAGCUGAUCCAAGUUUUAUAAAGGGAAGAAUUUAAAAAGCAAAAAAUGAAAUCCAGACUUGACUUGUUGGAGCCGUUACUCUGGUCCUGUGCAGGAGGCGUUCAGUAGAAGGUUCUGAGGUAGAAUCUCCCAUCACAGCUGUUGUCUAAUCAUACCCGGCUAUUUAAAAGUUAGGGUUAAAGUUCUUUCGGUUAGGAAAAAUACCCACUUGCAAGGCAAGAGUUUUUGUGAGUGCAGCUGCUCACAGAAGAAAGUGAGCAAACCUCCUUCACACCCAUCAGUUUGUGAACAAAUUUAUGAACCAAACUGCAGGAAACUAAAAGCUGAUUCGCUGUGGAAAUUCAUU